AGAAAGAGGCCCUGCAGGGAACCGAGCAAAAUGUCCACUUUGGAAGGCCUGUGACUUUGCAUGAUCUUGGAUGAUUGAACGUGUUACUACUGUUACCGAAAACUAGGUAUGACGAAGGAGCAUUUGUCAGUCUACUACUAGUGUAAAAGAAUCUUUAUAAUGCCUGUGACAAGAAAUCAGUCCAACGCAGCAGCAGCUCAGGCUCGCACGGGCAAUGAGGCUGGGGAGGGCAGCAGCUCUAAAAAUGAGGCCGCUGGGGGUGAGGGGGAGGGCUCUGGAGAAGGGGAUGCCUCCCGGAGGGACUCUCCCGACAACUGCUCCAUCUGUUUGGGACCUUUCAACAACAAAUCAUUCACCAGCAGCUGUGCCCAUUCGUUUUGCUUCGUUUGUCUGAAGCAGUGGUCUAAGGUGAAGGCCGAGUGCCCGCUGUGCAAGCAACCGUUCACCAGCAUUUUCCACAACAUUCGCUCCAACCAAAGCUAUGACAUCUACGACCUACCUCUUAACCCGACUCGCCAGCCAGAGUACAAUAAUUUCCUCUCUUACGGCAGCUUUGCAUCUGCAAAUCCAUUCCCUUUCUUCAUGCCUGGCCCCAGUCUAGAUGCUGACCUCACCCUCAGCAACUUCAGCCGGUUUCAGUUCCGACACAGACGAAGUUUUCACCCCAGCAGCAUCAACGCUGAGCAUCAGUAUUCGUUCCAGACCCCUUUAGUAAGUCCCGCUACUCAUGUGUCAGCUGCAACAUGGCCGCGCGGGGCCGAUGACUUCCGACGUGAAGUGUACCGCCGCUACUUGGGCCCUCCAGCUGUUGUGCUGGGCACGGAAAACAGCAACUACAUCCUGACCCCGGCUAUGGUCAAUGCCAGUGCUCACCGCUUACACCGCAUCAUGCCCUGGCUCACCAGAGAACUGCGGGUUUUAGUCCGUAGUCAUCAAAAUGUUCGCUCGGCCAUUGGCAUCAUUCAGCCACUGCUGACUCAGGUCAUGAUAGAUAGCCAGUGCUUCAGGGAGCGCGUGGCGCCUUACAUUGGGCACAAGAGUCAGCAAUUUAUCCAGGAGUUUGUGGCCUUUGCUAACAGCGCCAUGAACGUGCAGACGUAUGACCGCAAAGCCAUGUAUCGUCGACGUGACCACACAACGAUCACUUUCGAAAGCUCUUCCAACAGCAGCACGGACGAUGAUGUGGUCGAGGUGACGGAUAUCAGUCCCGAGACGCCCAGUGCCAGCUCCACGGCCCCACCCCCACCACCCGUGGCCACGCGGCCGGUUCCCACUCUGUCUAAUUUGUUGCAGAGUUCAGGCUGGGACUCGCCCACCCCUGGCCCCUCUUGGGAGAGUGUUGUCACCAGUACCCAGCCGGCUGGUACUCAAGAGGAUCGUGUUUCUGUCAGUUCAGAGGGCGAAGAUGCUGUGUUUGUGCCUGCUUUGCAUGCUUCUGAUUCUGACGACUCGAAAGCGGGCAGUGACAUUGUUUUUGUGAAGUACGAUAAACCGUGGAAUGAAAGAUCACCCAUUAAUCUGUCUUCAGACUCUGAUGGUGAAGAUGGACCGAAAGUGAAGAAAAAGAAAAAGUCAAAGCACAAGAAGAAGAGAAUGCCAUCUCUGGGAUCAGACGCAGAAGUAUCUAAAACAGAAAAGGGACACAAAGCUUCCAAGUCAAAGUCUAAGAGCCGAGACAAGUCAGUACCAACAUCAAGGGCUUCAGGAGAAGAGCUUGAACAGGAGACAUCGUCGGGUGUAAGUGUCAGCAAAAGGCGUUUGUCUGCGUCCUCUGUUGAUAGGCAAAAGGCCAAGAAACACCGUAAGUCAAAAGAUCGGAGGGACCGCCACUCGGGCCAUGACAGGGAUCGUGAGCUAGUAGACAAGUUGUUUGCUGAGGCGAUCUUGGGUGGCGCACAACCUGGAGUCAGCACUGAUGCUGACAAGCCAAGCAAGUCUUCUGAAAAGUCCAAGAAGAAGAAAAAGCACAAGAGCCGUAGACAGGAGGAUCGAAGUCCUCUCCAUUUACAGACCUACAAGAAGCACCCAUCAGGACACAAGAAGUCAACUGAUCCCAAACGUAGUGGUAGAAAUCCAGGUUCGCAUAACAGCGGUGACAGGGGAAGAAGUCGGCACCGAAGUGGUUGUGCGGAAGGAGAUGAGGUGUCCUCGGUGUCUGAAACGCCACUGUCUUCGUCCCAGAGAGGUGGUGCUUACAGUCGUGACACAGCUGUGCCUUUGAACCCUCCUCAGCUUUCUUCUUCAGGCUUCAGUCACUCUGUGAGCUCAAGUUUCCAGGCGCCGUACAUGCCCAUGCCUGACACCGUGCAGCACAUCCCGCUCAACUUGUGGGUCAGCACCUGGCCCUCACUUCCCGUCUCCCACACAUACCCCCCUCCCCCACCCGCCCCGCAGGGUUUGUGUACAUCCCCACCACACAACGCCAAUGCAAGUUCCAGUCUGGCAGGACCUAGUCGCCCGGCUGGAGACUCUCACACUAUCUCCAGCGACUCUUCCUCAGAUUCUGAUGACUCGGAUGACACGCAGGACUACCAGGAUGCGUCGACAGAGAGUUCUAGCUCUCACACACAGCAGUGGAUAGAGAAAAAUUUUCCCUGUAUCGGAGCGUCUUCGUCUCAGUCUGCUUCGGCAACAGCCACUUCCAGCUCUGUGGCCACGGCGCCAACUGUUGCUCAGGCUGAUACAUGUGCACAGAGCAAUGUGGCGGCAGCACAAGCUUCUUUGAACGGAGGUCAAGCUCAUAAUACUGUUCUGGACAAAAGUGACGAGUCGCUCAACGUUGAUGUCUUGUCAGUGCCAAGUGACGAUGAGGAUGAAGAUGUCGUCAUCUGCAGCAGUGCGAGCAGCGAUAAUUCAGACAAUGACGAAGAUGUUAAGGUGGUCGAUGUGGAGGAAGGCGCCACAGCAACAGUGCAUCCCAAUCCCUUGUCCUCUGCAGCCACCGCAUUCGUAACCAGUUUUUCCCCACAGUCUUUAGCUCAGACCUCAGCCAGUCACCCAGUGUCCAUGGAGAGUGUCUACACCCCACAAGCAUGUACCUCUAGGAGCGCCUCUGCUUCUUCCAGGAGUACAUCUGCCUCUCGAGAAGUGGGCAGGUUCCGACCCUUUAGACUGUACAGGAAGAAUGCUCCGACAAAGCAGCCCUUUGAUCGCUUCUUUCCUCCCAUAGGUCCUAGCUCUGAGGAUGAGAGUGAAGACUUUUUGUUGCGAGGCAGCUCUCCCUCUAGUAGCAGUGCUGCUGAACAAUUGUCCAGUAGGGAUAGUGAGCAGAAGGAUGAGACAGUGACUAGUGGCAAUGAACCAGGACAAAUACUAGCAAAUGCGGUCAGUGUUUCUUCUACAGUAAUUUCAAGUGUUUCAUCUCCUGUUGCAAGCACUGUUCUCAGUGGGAGUCCUGCUCUUUCCUCAGGGAACUUUCAACCAUCUUCAUCUUCCUCCCCACAAAAAAAUGCCAGUUGUAUUGAGGCAGAUGUGGAUACCCCAAGGUAUGCACAAGUCUUUACAACUUCUGAGUCAAGGAACACAUUAUUUUCAGUAUUACCCCCUCUCCAGGCACCUAACCCUCCCCCUGUCACUUCAGUGUUGUCAUCAAGACUGAGCUAUCUCCCUUUCAGUGGCAUGCAAGUGUCUUCAUCGCUCAGUUCCAUCAUGACCCCAGCCUUGCCCUACAGAGUCCCACAACCUCCACCCCCACCCCCUCUGCCCAUCCACUUCCCUUUCCCCCCUUUCCCCCCUAGUCUCCCCACACUGUCAUCAGUGCUGUCCCCUUUAUACCCAGCACUGACACAAACCAGUGCCAGCACUGGCACCACUCUGUCCACGGUUUCUAAACAAGACCAUAGUACGAUCCCCGAAGCUGCGACCAGAACUUCGGGUGACUUUGGUGAAUUUACCGCAACACCGGCUACGAUUGGAGAAGAGACUGCUCCUGCAUCUUGUCAGCCUGUGGUUUCUGUAGCUGAGAAAAGUAGUAUCUGGAACACAGAUGGUGGGUUGUUUAACAUCUUAGCUCAUUCAGAGAGCAACGGAAAUGAAGGUGCUGGGCCGGGUACGGAUGCUCUUGCACGAACCCGUGAAAGUAGCAGGUGGGAAGACGGACAAGACUGCAGGCCAUCUGUUGCCUCCAGCUCCCGGAUCCCCGUGGAGGAGAAUGAGAAGUGUGUCGUGUUUGAUGCUCUGGAGUCAACUACUAAUGGGUCUUCCCCACCUGGUUCUUGGUCAGUGUCUCAAAUGUUACCUAGUGGUGGGGAUGGGGAAGCAGAUGAAGUGGACGAUCUGAAUGACACAGGCUCAUCGGUUCCGCUGAUGAUUGAUGAAAAAUAUGAGGCUAGCGAUCUCAGCCUGAACACCAGCAGCCACCUAUCGGAGGUUAACAGCCUUGGGGAUUGUCAAACUGACGGCACUUCUAAACGCUUCGCUGCACACGAGGAUACUGCUGACAGGGUGCUUAAUGGAAAUAACUCCUGUUCUGCUCCCAAGGCUGUACCCACGGACGACCAUAUCUGGUCUUCUAAAGUACCGCAGUCGGUCAGAAGGGCAAAGUGCUCGCUCAGUUCGUAUGCGUCCCAUAAUGCUGAUCAACAGGUGGAGAAUAUUUGGGAUUCUACUUCAGGUGGUACAGAGACAAUGGCAAAUGGGAAGGAGCCUGUCGAGUUGUUCCAGAGUUCUGAUGCUUUGUAUGCACCACAACAGCUCUCAAAUGAAGAUGGCAGAGAAAGUGUAGGUUCAGCUGCUGGGAACCAUAACCCGACUGAUUCUUAUCCUCUUCACAUAGCCACUGACCAGCUAGGUGACCAGCAUGAAGAGCAUGAACUUGUUGACUUUGAUAGACCCCAGUCAUGUUCAGAAGUUCAUAAUCUCUCUCUGGGCAUUUCGGACAACUCAUUACAGAGUUUAGGAGAAAGUUCUUCUGUUUUGGAUCAUUCGGGCCAAACUGUGCCACAGUUCAGGGAUGCUCUUGUGUCUCCUGAUGUUACUGAUGAAGGGGAGUGAAGUCCAGGAACCUUCCUUUCUAUUUUACUGGAUAGUAUUGCAUUUGCUAUCUAUAAGGAGAGUUCUGACACAAACAUUUGUUUGGCAUCGUGGUGAAAUCAGGCACUCGUCAGAAUAACGAAAUUGGAAAAACAAAUUGUUUUGUCCUUGGGCAGUUUUUAUUGAAAUUUUUGUUUAGGCUCAACACCUUUUAUGUCCAUGUAAAAACACAUUCCUGCUUUGAUUUUUACUGAAAAACCUUGAUCAAAAGCACAAAAAUUAUUUUAAUUUGCAAUUUCCCAAGAUACUACCCAAGGCUUUAGAAGUGGCCUAACUUUGGCGGCCAUUUUAUUGCUAGUUUUACACCUGACGUUGGGUGAUCUAACCUCCUUCAAUCGAAAAUAUCUAGAACCUCUGUUCAAGAUAUAAAUGGGGAUUUUUUUUCAACUAAAGCAAGGCAAAUGAACUGGCUUUAAGAUGAUACCGUUUUAAACUCGAUAUAUGCCCCAAAAAAUUGACGAGUGCCUGAAUCCACUGCGUUUUGACACAUUUUUUCCGUUUUAUAUUAGAAGGAAAAAAAUGAAGAAGACCCAGCUUUUUCGUUUAAAUCAAAUGCCCAGGUAUAAAAUCCUUCCAUGGUUUAAAAUUUUUUUUUUUUUUUAAAUAAAUAUUUUUGUAUCUCUUCAGUGAAUCAGCGUCUGUGGUGUAGUGGUUAGACGCUUCGCUGUUGCACUCAGAGACCGGAGAUCUAUUCUGUGGGGAGAAUUUUUUUGAGCAUCUGUUUUCUGUUGGGAUGGUGUAUCCCGCCCAACCCAGGUUGGUUUUGACAGGCAGGGUUGUAAGCCUGCUUUCUAAAUGAUAUAAAUUGUAUCGAUGGGGGUGUAAUAACGCCUAUCAUUUUUAAAAAAAUGUCUUUAUUGCAACAGCUUCAGGCUUUGCUAACUUUUUGGACCAAGGAGUGUUCUGACUAAUUUUGUGCGUGAACUUUUUAAAAUAUUAUAACACUUUUGUCAAAUAGACUGUCAAGAGAGAAAGGUGUCUAUUUAGUUGACUGUUUUGAGUUAAGCAGGUAUAUAUGGGAUGUUUAAAGUUUUGAGUAGGUGUAGCCAUGAAUAUAAAAUACAUGGAUAAAAUGUGCUUUGUCAUGUGAAAUGUAUUAGGACUUCUGAAUUUUAACCCCUUUUUUGCCAGGAGGGGGGUUCCUACUACUGUCAGUACUGAUUUUCAGCUAAGUUCAUUAGCCAGGACAGUAGACUCAUGUCUCAGUGCUAGUUGACUUGCUGUCUAGAUCUGACCCACUCCUGGUCUUCAGUAGUGUCACCUUCCUUACCCUCUACUCUAUUCUAUAUAUAUAUUCCCUAUAUUCCUCAUCUUGUCCAUAAUUUAGAAAAAAAACCUUACAAAUCUUAGUCGAAAAAUGGAACUUUCCGCCUUUUCAAAGUUAUUUUGCUGUUUCCCUUUUUGCGAGAGCACACAGUUGUCCUUUAGACCAGACGUAUGUUUAUUGAUCACUUGCAGUAAUUCAAUUCUUGCAAAUUUAGUACUGAUAUAUGCAUUAAAAAAAUUUUUUAAUAUGAAUCCAGACUGCUUCUUGUGGCUAAACUUCUGUAAAGAAGAAUUACAGCUAGUUGAUUAGCAGGACAUGUAGGGAAACAGGAAAGGAAAAUUUGCUAACUUCUGUGAUGUCCAUGGUAUAUUAAAAAUUACGCUUUUUCAUGGCAUACCAGGUACGUCUUAAAAGGUGUUGGCGUCAAAGGGGUUAAAAGCAUCAGAACCAUGUGGAGUUUUGCUGAUUGUCCAAAAUGUAUUUUUCAGAGACAUUUUUAGAUAAAAAGUACUUUGUGUGUUCAUAGUAGAAAAUGAAAAAUAUUGUUUAACUUUAUUUUAAGUUUUGUCAUAAAUUGUCUUGAGAUGUUAUUGUAAAAUUUUCUAACACCAGUGUUUUGAUAUAAUUUGAUAUGGCAUAUAUGGUGAAAAAAGAAUUGUUCAUCUAUGUUUGAUGCAGUAUCGUAAGUCCAGUGUAUCUCCUCAAGGUCAGUGUGCUAAGCAUGGUUGAUAUCAUAUAUGUUUGAAAAUGUGUGUGUGUCAGAUAAACAUCUCUGCCUUUGUUGAUGUGAUUUCCACUGGACUUUUGAUCCAGUGUAAAUCACAAAUCUCAAGGUUUGCUCAAAAUACUUCUCAGGGUGUCUUAACAUAGGUCUUUUUUGUCAAGCUGCAGUAAUUACCGAGCUUUUCUUAAUCAUUGCAGCUUAUUCUUCUUCUCUCUACCUAUUUUGAGUUUGUGCAGAUAGAAGUAGAUGUUCUUUUCCAAACUUCCUGUCAGUGAUUAGCCUGUGUUUGACUAAAUCUUCAUUUGUCUGCUAAUUAAAGUUUAAGAUUUUAAGAGUACAGAGGUUAUUUUGUUGUUAACCCAACCCAUUUGUUUUUGCUAGCUGGUCUUCGUCGAACCGUGUUUCUCAACAUUUGCAGGGAGUUCAAAGUUGUGGGUUUUAUUGCAUUACUCAUCUCUCCUGUGAGCUUCACACUGAAUUUUUUUUCCCCCUCAGUCUGAAUUUAAGGAGAAAAUUCUUUGGCUUCAGCAUUUUUGAUGCAGCACAUGUGCACAAAGUGUAUUAACAUUUAACCUUUUGAGUUUUUGACUUUUUCAGUGAGAUAUCAGAAUUUGACUAAUGUCACUUUGUUAGUACAUAUUGUCCCAUUGUAUUGUCCUAACAGUUCAUGGAUACAGUACUAAUGGAGCACUCUAAUCUUUAAUGUGUAUCAUUAAAAAAAUAUAACGACCUUGAACUGAGGUGGUGGUCCCAAUUCUUUUUCUUCUCUCUGUUGAUUCUGUUGUAUGUCAGACGAAAUAGGAACCAGAAUGCUAAAAAAAUAUUUUUCACUGAUGAGAGGGAUCGAAUGAAACAAUGUACUGCCCAUGAUUUUGUUUAGCUUUUCUGUUAAUGCAGAAACACAGCCUCAAUUCUUCAAUCUAUAAUUAUUGAUUUAACAAGUGGGCAUUGAUAUACAGUGUACUGUUAUUUCAAAUUGUCAACACUGUGUCUUCGAACAGCGUCAAAGAAGGGUAGAGAAAUAAGGCAUAGUGUGGUCUUAAAACAUGGUCUAAGGUAUGAUGGAAAAGUGCUUCCAGCUGAAGUCAGUGAUGCAGGAGAAAGAGUGAGCAAGCCGGUAUGGUGUAGACUUAAAAGAAAUUGCCUGAGAUUGUAUGUUGCCUGUAUUGUAGCUGGCAGCCAAGCUGAACCGAUGUUAUCUUUGUUUGAACCAAGGUUAAAAAGAAAGAAAGAAGACUGACUUUGCUUUUACCUUUCAAAUGCCAUUUUAUAACGCAACACAGAGAUUUUGUUUAUUGCUUUGUUUUAUUAAAUGUUUGGGUUUCUGACUAAUAUCACUCACUUUUGUUUAUCAGUGCAACUCGUAUUUCUUGGGAUAUGGCAAACAAAAACCAGAUGACCUGGUCCUGAUGAGUUUGAAAUGUUUGUAUUCAACAGUAAUCUGUGGCUGUUGAAUAAGUUUUGUUUUUUAUUUUGUGCCUACUUGUGGGAGAAAAUGGAUUGGUUUUAAGAAUGAAGGAGUUUUUUUCUGUACUCACUCUAAACGAAAUGAUUUUUUUCCCUAGACUUCACCACAAUGGACUUAAUUUUUGUAAGUUGAGCAAAGUAACACUGUGAAAGUGGUCUUUUGGAAAUGUGUUCUCUCUCCUGAUUCUCUUGAAGUUUCUAGUCCACCUUCCAGAUGGGAGCUUUUUUUCCUAUUUCAAAAGAAUCUGGUC